AUGUCGACGUUUGGAACACAUUACCGCGUGUCUACUUUUGGCGAGUCACAUUGUGCAGCUGUCGGAUGCAUUGUAGAUGGUAUUCCUCCAGGUCUGGCGCUCGUUGCGUCGGAUAUUCAGCGCCAGCUCACGCGCAGACGACCUGGCCAAAGCAACUUGACGACCCCGCGCGACGAAAAAGACAAGGUUGAGAUUUUAUCGGGCGUCGAGCACACAGUCACGCUUGGUACUCCGGUUGCUAUGAUGGUGCGGAAUCAGGAUCAGCGCCCGCACGACUAUACGGAUGACACGCUGGAUGCUUUUCCCCGUCCGAGUCACGCGGAUUACACCUACCUGGAAAAGUACGGUGUCAAGGCAAGCAGCGGCGGUGGCCGCAGCAGUGCGCGCGAGACGAUCGGCCGUGUCGCUGCCGGCGCACUGGCCGAAAAGUAUCUCAAGGAUGCGCUCGGAGUCGAAAUUGUCGCAUUCGUAUCUUCGGUCGGACAAGUGCAUGUGCCACAAUACCCAAUGGAACACGGCGCAGAAGCUGUCGAGCUCCCUCUUAGUGACAAGUACGUAAACUUGCUGCGUACCAUUACGCGCGAUCAGGUGGACAAGGACGACGUGCGCUGCCCCGAUGCCGAAAUCGCGGAGCGUAUGCGCCAGCGCAUUCUUGCCGCAAAAAAAAGCGAUGACUCGAUUGGCGGCACGGUGACCUGCGUGAUCCGUAACCUUCCUGUCGGCUUGGGCGAGCCCAGCUUUGACAAGUUCGAAGCGGUGCUGGCCCAUGCGAUGCUCAGCAUCCCCGCCACCAAGGGCUUCGAAGUGGGCUCUGGCUUCCGCGGUACCGAAAUUUCGGGCAGCAUUCACAACGACCCUUUUGUGCGCAAGCCCGACGGAAAACUCGGGACCAAAACCAACUGGAGUGGCGGUAUUCAGGGUGGUAUCACCAAUGGCGAAGACGUCUAUUUCAAGAUUGCCUUCAAGCCGCCAGCGACCAUCUCGCAGGAACAGCAAACUACGCGCUACGACGGCGAGGCGGGUGUGCUCGCGAACCGUGGGCGCCACGACCCAUGCGUUGUGCCCCGUGCAAUUCCUAUCGUGGAAGCUAUGGCCGCCAUUGCUGUCAUGGAUAUGGUAUUGGCGCAGGAUGCAAGGGAAAAGGCAAGUUCUGCGUUGGAUCCGGCUGUGGUGGGCGGUUUGCCCCGCAGCAUGAAAAGGCACCAUCACCCCUCCGUCUAA